AUGGCUCAGCCAAUUGUAAAUCACUGGGACGUCGUUAAGAACGAGCAGCCGACGCCGCAGUGCCUGCAGAGGGUGCAGCGGGACCUGGUGGAGUUCCACGCCGACCCUCCGCCGGGAGUGUUCGUCUUCCCGGAAGAGAACGACAUGAGCAUACUGCACGCCAUCGUCGUGGGUCCCUGGGGCACGCCUCUCGAAGGUGGCCUCUUCCGCCUGCAGUUGAAGUGCCCGCCCGACUACCCGAUGCGGCCGCCUCGCGUUCGCUUCUUGACCGGCGCAGGCAAGGUGGUGUUCAACUGGCACAUCUUCGGCGAGUACAUCUGCCUCAGCCUACUCGGCACGGCUCCUGACGGACCGAGUUGGAGCUCGGCGCUGAGCAUCGGCAGCCUGCUGGUAUCAAUACAGUCCUUCCUGGCCGACGGCGCUAUGGAAAGCAUGCGCCACAACAGCAUCAAGGUCGCCGUGUGCGAGACGCUCGAAGACUGUCUGCAGGAAACAUCCGAGCCUCCGAUGCCGCCGGCUCUCACGAAGAAGACCCUCAAGUACUUCGCCGACAACUACGCCAACUACGAGAACGCGGUCAAGGCACAGAUCAGUUCCUGGGGAAUACUUUCGUGGAUUUUUGGUGUGGCGUCCGGCGGUUACGAACCGCUGCUGAAGCGACUUCGCGACAUCAAGAAGAGGAUCGACGAAAAGAACGCGACGGCCACUGGCGAACAAAAUGAGGAGUGA